UUCAUUGUGUUUACAUCUCGUCUUUUCUGUUUUAUGGGUAUUUCCGAGUUCGUGUUUGGGGGGGGAAACUUUUUAGCAGGCCAACCAAGAAAUGAAUGCUUUGCUUAGCCAAAAGAUGAAGAGUGACGAGGAGAAGCGACAAAUGGUGGAGGAAUUGCAGAAGCAGCAUCAAGAACUCCAGAAGUAUUACGAGGCACUUUCUCAGGAGAAGCAAGAACGGGAUUCACUGGUAAAGAAGCUCAAAGCUAUGGAGGAGAAGCUUCUUCAUGGAACACAGGAUGGAUCUUCUGAGAGUCUGGUGGACAAGACGGCUAGACAGGAAAGGGAGAUUUUGCAGAAGCAGCAGGAACUGGAGGAGAAGAAAAAGCUCGAUGAAGAGAGACAGCGGAAGAUUGCGGAGCUAGAGGAGGCUCAACUGAUGGCAGAGGAGAAGUAUAACAGUGUACAAGAGGAGGUAGAAGUGAAGACAAAGAAACUGAAAAAGCUUUUGGCGAAAUACCAGUCAGUGAAGUCAGAGGUCCAGGCUGCGAAGACAGAGAUUCAGGAUAUGAAUGAGGAGUUCCAACGUGAGCGGGAGGACCUGCUCGACUCCAUUCGGGCAUUGGAUCAGCAGUUGAAGCUGAAGAAUCUAAUUAUCGAGAGCUUUAUUCCGCCAGAGGAGGUUGGGAAGAUAAUGAGAAAAGCUCAUUGGGAUGAGGAGCAUGAGCAGUGGGUAAUAGAGCAUUUAAGUUAUGCAGGAAACAACCACAAAGUGAAACGACCUGUCUCUGCAGUCGGUCAACGGCGCCCCGUCUCCGACUAUGCCAGGAUCGCCAGCGCCAUGGGAGAUCAGAACCCGAGAUACAGCGGCACGGGCGCGAUCGUGCAAGGAGCUCAUACAAGACCGACUUGGUGGUUGACCGUGGAGCGGGCAUAUACCUUGCUUGAGCCUGUUUAUGCCCUCGUGAAGGACAUGGACAAAGAUGGGAGGAUGGGUAUGCGGGUGUGGUCUUUGGGGAUCACGCUGGAGAAGAGGAUGGUCGUCCUGCCCAUGCAUUGCGAGACAUGGGAGUUCGUGAUGACGAAGGUGAGACCGUGUGCGGAUGAUGACUCUCAUGCAACAACAUGGAUGUUGCACCCGCUCCACAGAUCUGCUCGACUGUUCGACGUCUUGGCUUCUAAGGAGAUCGCAAGCACUUUGGCUCACUUUGCUUCGGUUCACCCAAAGAAUUCGGAGGAGUACAAAGAGUGUUGGAACUCCCUUAAGAGUUUCCAUUAUAUGGAUCUAGAGUGGAACGACCCGAAUUCUGAGGAGGCUCACGUGUCUAUGGCGCAGUGGUGGUUGAGUUAUGGGAAGAACCACAAGACGCUGGCGAAGAUUGCAGUCAAAGUGCUCAGCACGUGGACAACAACCUCUCCAUGCGAGCGGAAUUGGUCCCCGUUCAACCUCAUUCACACGAAGAGGAGAUUUGUUGAGGCCGGACAACCUGCAGACGCUUGUCUUCAUCCAUUGGGACAAGAAGUUGUUGCGCAUGUCAAAGGCGAAGAUGGGAUUCAUUACCACCGAGCGGCUCGAUCGGACAAGAUUCAAGCCAUCCAAGAGUGGUCGGAGCCACGGAACGUCAUGGAUGUUCGUUCGUUCCUUGAACUUGCCGGCUACUACCAAAGUUUUAUCAAGGGAUACUCGAAAAUCGCGGCCCACUUCACCAAGCUUCAAUGUGAGGAUCGGUCGUUCGACUUCGGGGGGGAUGCGCGGGAGUCAUUCUUGGCUCUCAAAGCCGCAUUAUUGUCCGUGAAGGUCUUGCGAAUCUACGACCCGCUAUUGCCAACGCGCGUCACUACGGAUGCGUCCAACUAUGGCAUUGGUGUCGUCCUCGAACAACACGAUGGCGUGGGUUCGCACCCGGUCGAGUACUUCAGCAAGAAAGUGUCCGUUGUGCACUCCAUUGAUGAUGCACGCAGGGAGCUCCUAGCCUUCGUCCAUGCGCUCAAGCGGUGGCGGCACUUCCUCCUUGGUCGAAGUCCAUUCCGAUGGGUAACGGACAACAAUCCGUUGGUCUUCUACAAGACCCAAGACACCGUCAAUAGCACGAUCGCCCGUUGGAUGGCUUUCAUCGACCAAUUCGACUUCUUUCCCGAUCACAUUCCGGGGAAGUCUAACCGUUUCGCGGAUGCUCUUUCACGGCGUCCGGAUCAUUGUACUGCAGUCUAUUCGACCUUUGAGAUCGACGACCUACGGGACAACUUCAUCCACGGCUACCAAGCCGACCCCGAGUUUCGCGACAAGUACUUGAAUUGCUCCUCUCCUAAUCCGGCGCCUUCUCACUACCGGAUCCAAGAGGGGUACUUGGUUGUCCACACGUGGGGGAAGGACCUUCUUUGCGUAUCGAGUGACUCUCACUUGCGUACACGGCUUCUUGGCGAGUUCCACGAUGCUCCCGCCACCGGACACUUUGGAGUAAAUCGAACGAGUGGCCGCAAUCAUUGUCCGUACGACGAGUUGCGACCAUUACCGGUCCCCUUGCACCAGAGGGAAGCGAUUGCCAUGGACAUUACCAGGUCGUUCCCCAAGCACAAGACCGGUGUGGAUGGGAUUCUCACGGUGGUCGAUCGACUCACCAAGUUCGCCAUGUUUUUGCCUUGCCGCUAUCAUGCCAAGGCACCGGAGUUGGCCGAGGUACCUCGAUGGCGAGCUGGAGCUAUGGCGCUGCAGGAGACCGGGCCAUCAGAAACGCUCGCGAAGUCGGCCAAUCAUAUGAUUGACUCCAAAGUGUCCAGUGGCGGGAGCAUCGUGGAACUCGCCAAGAAGCCGCGUACGCAAGUGAGAGUCACUCGGUACGCAAAGAAGAUCCUUCCCCCGCGAGUGGACGAGCAAAUAUCCCUCCUGGAUCCGAUAAUGCGAAGGCACCAGAUUGGGAGAGGAGCAAUUCGCAUACUUGUCGCAAAACUCGGGGUCGGCUUGGUAGGCGUGGAUGAAGUUGUCCCGCAAAUCGUCAUCAAUCUCAAAAGUCGAGUAGAUUGCGGUGCAAUGGUCCGGACGUCAUGAGAGAGCAUCCGUAAAAGGGUUUGACUUGCCCGGAAUGUGAUUGGGAAAAAAAUCAAACUGGUCGAUGAAAGCCAUCCAUCGG